AAUGAUGGUAAACAAACGCAACCAAUUGGCCAAAAUAGUUCAACUUUUCAUGAAAACCUGUUCAACGAUUUAAGUGCGAUAAAUACAUGAAUUAACUUUUAUCCGUGACGGCAGAGUUAUAACAUUUUGACUUUAUUCAGUGUUCUUCGUUAGUAAAAAUGCCCCGCAAGUGUUCAGCGUCAUUCUGUAAAGUUAAUUCAGACUAUACGAAAAAACGCGGAUUGGACGUAAUUUUCCACCAUUUCCCGCUGGAAAGUGAUGUAUGCUACAAAUGGAUUGAGUUUUGCCAACGUGAUAACAAUUGGAAGCCAACGAAAAAUUCUGCACUGUGUUCUCUACAUUUCAAACGGGAAGAUUAUCAACUAGCUUACGCUCCUUUGGUGAAGAGCAAUUGCAAUUUCAGAAGAUUGACCUUUACAGCGUUUCCAACAAUCAUUAACAGAGAUGAAAUGGACGAAUGUAUGGAGAGUAUCUGCGAUACAUCAUACCAAAUUGAUCCUAUGCUUCGAAAGUAUCGUGAUCAAUUUUGCCGAACUUGCUUGAAACACUGCCCAGAUGGUUCGGGUAUUCCGGUGGAUACGCAGAUACAGAACACGACAUUGCUCGAUAUGCUUAUACAACUUACCCAGUUUGAGGCUGAACAUAAUGAUGCAUUCCCCGUCAUAUUAUGUUUGGAGUGUAAGAGCAGGUUGCAAGAAGCUUUUCAUAUACGUCGGGAGUUCAUCGCACAGUCAGAAUUGCUCGUUCAACUAGUUGCCGAAGAGAAAAUUAUGGAGUACUUCAAUAUAGAUUUUGUUAAGCCGGAUGAAACUGUUGAAUCCAAUGCGGAUGAAUAUGUCAGUUUUAUUGAUACAAAGGAAGGAUCAAGGCGAUUCCCCACCAAUUUAUUGAUAGCUGACGGUGAGUCCUAUAUUGGCCAACAACCAGACGAUACCACUGUUCUGGAGUCUCAUAAUCAUGUUGUUGAGGGCCUCUCGUCAGAAAUAUCCGAUUUGAAAGAUCAUUCAUGCUAUAACAAGGCUUGGAACCAAUAUCAUGAUCUAGACAUUGAACAUGAUGUCAAGCAGGAUUUUUUUUUAGAAGACAGCAUAGUCAAAAAGGAGCCCACCUAUACCUAUCGUAGUAGUGCUGCUGAAAUCCUGUCGGAGGAUAAUGAUGAACAAAGUAAAGAUUGGGAAAGCUAUCUUCAGCAUUACGAGCAAGAAAAACUAGCUAAAAAAAAGCUGAAAGCUGAAAUCCGACGGGCAACGAAAAGUAAACGAGAAAAGCCGGCAAAAUCUAAAACACAAAUGCUAGAGGAAGAAGCUUGGAAAAGCUUCCCUUUAACAACAUGUUACAUAUGCGACAUGAACCACGAUACGUUGACGGAGCGAGAUUUGCACAUGCAAGCACACAUUCCGAUGCUGCCAUACCAAUGUGAUGAAUGUACACAUGGAAAACAGGAAGCUGACAUGAAUAGCAGAACAGAGAAUUUAGAAAUGGUAGAACCGGUGAUACUGAAAACUUUAAAUAGAUUAAACUUUCACCUGAGAAUGCAUCGAUUGCCACACAAAUGUGGAAAUUGUUACAAGAGGUUUGGGACCGUAGCUAGAUUUAAAAAGCAUGUAGCGACCGAACAUGAAUGUGAUCCAAACGGAUUGACUUGCGAAUACUGCGGCAAGCUGUAUUCGCAUGUGAAUGCCUUCAGAAAGCAUGUUUCUACACAUCGAAAUGAGCUUAGCGGGUUGUUCAAGUGCUCAUUCUGCAAUCGUACGUUUGGUGUGAAAAGUUCCUUACAGCGGCAUGAAGCAUCCCACAAGGGCGAGAAAAAAUAUAAAUGUAUGUAUUGCGAUAAAUCGUUCAGCACAUCGUACAACCGCUUGAAUCAUCAUAGAAUUCACACCGGAGAACGACCGCAUAAGUGCUUAGAAUGUGGUCGGACAUUCUCUCAAAGUACGUCCUUGAAACUGCAUCAGCAAAAGCACUUGCCUCUCAAAGCGAGAACCUCUAAACCUUUCCCUGUUCAACGUGCCGGCAAUGGGGGAUGUUGCCCAUACCCAGGGUGUGACUAUACGGCCGUAUCGUACACCGCGAUGUUCACGCAUAAGCGCACAAAACAUCUCCCACCUUCGUUUCAUUGCGGGGUGUGCAGUAAGUCAUUUGCCUUUGAAAAAAAUCUACAUGAACAUAUGAGAUUGCAUACGGGUGAAAAACCACACACGUGUAAGCUGUGCGAUCAGAGCUAUCGGCGGUAUAGCUCGUAUCAAAGACAUUUGAAAACGCACUGUACGAACGGCAGCUACACUUGUGAGAUUUGCCAGAAAAGCUUCAAACUACCACAGUAUCUGAAGCAACACUUGCUAACCCAUUCAUCGGAACGGAAGUAUUGCUGCGAUAUCUGCGGCACCAGCUACAAGUCAAAGGGAGAUCUGAAGAAGCAUACUCAGCAAAAACAUAGUAAACAUAGUACAGACAUGAUUGUAUCGCCAGAAGAAGUGUGAGCAGAAGAAAAAUGUGUAAUAACGGUGCAAAAUGGAGGGCAAACCUAACAUGCUUUCAAUUAAACAAUAAAUUUACAGAAAAGUGGACUUUGAUUUCGGUGAUGGUUUUGAGAACAUACAUUUAUUCAAUCAACAACUGUUCUACGUGCACUACGAAUUAGGACAAUGAAUCAAGGUUAAUUUAACCGAGCUUUGAGUCAGGAACGCACUGCUUUGUUCCAGUA